UCUGUGUCCCCCCAGGAAAAGCCGGACCUGGGCGAGGUGAACUUCUCUCUGUGUUACCUGCCCACGGCCGGGCGGCUCACGGUGACGGUCAUCCGGGCGUCCAACCUGCGCGCCAUGGACCUCACCGGCUACUCAGACCCGUAUGUGAAGGCCUCGCUCAUGGCCGAGGGCCGGCGGCUCAAGAAGCGCAAGACAUCCAUCAAGAAGAACACGUUGAACCCGAGCUACAACGAGGCCCUGGUGUUCGACGUCCCCCACGAGAGUGUCAACCACGUCAGCCUCACCAUUGCUGUUGUGGACUAUGACUGCAUCGGGCACAAUGAGGUGAUUGGGCUGUGCCGGGUGGGCAGCGACGCCGAGGGUCCGGGGCGGGAGCACUGGGCGCAGAUGUUGGCGAACCCCCGCAAGCCCAUCGAGCAUUGGCACACGCUCGUCGAGGAAAAGGCUCUGGUGGCCAAAGGGACGUCGCGGGACAAACCAGCCCUGGGGGAGCCCCUGGGCCCCCA